CCCGCUCGCUGUUUUCGGUUUCCAACUUCAAGAUUUGAGGAGUGGGUUCAAAGUUCCAGCGGGCAUCGUCACUUCGAGUUAUAAUAACUACGAUGGCAAGCCAAUUUAAGAUAGACCCAGAAUCAGUCUACGACUUCACAGUCAAGGAUGCUAAGGGAAAUGAUGUAGUUCUUAGCAUAUAUAGGGGGAAAGUCUUACUCAUUGUCAAUGUUGCUUCCAAGUGUGGGAUGACCAACUCAAAUUACACGGAGCUGAAUCAGUUAUAUGAAAAGUACAAAGAUAAAGGACUGGAGAUACUAGCAUUUCCAUGCAAUCAGUUUGGUGAGGAGGAACCUGGAAGUAAUGAUCAAAUCUUAGAUUUUGUCUGCACUCGUUUCAAGUCAGAAUUUCCCAUCUUUGACAAGAUUGAAGUGAACGGGGAUAAUACUGCGCCGCUAUACAAGUUCUUGAAGACAGGAAAAUGGGGAAUUAUUGGAGAUGAUAUUCAGUGGAAUUUUGCUAAGUUCCUGGUUGAUAAGAAUGGGCAGGCUGUCGAUCGCUAUUACCCCACAACUUCCCCUCUCACUAUUGAGACAGAUGUGAAGAAGCUCUUGGGGCUCCCAUAAGCACCAUGCGUUAGAGGUCGUAGUCGCUGUAGAACACCAGAUGCUUGCUUUUCUUUUUUGUGUAAUAUGUGCCACCAUUGAAAUGUGGAAGGUAUGCUGGAUAAGGUGGUAUUGAUAUGGAUAACUGAGUUUCAUUUCUUUGGGUACAAAAAAGAACUCCAAUAGAUCUUCAGAAGUAACAAAGAAGAUUCAGUUUGAAGGAAACACUAGAACAAAAUCUUGCUAGUUUCAAU